AUGUCAUCAUUGACAUCUUCUAGGCGGCUUGAUGGUGGCCUUCCAUCAGUGUCGUCGUUCAAGAUCAGACAGGAGGACUUUAAGCUCGACUUUGAUGAUGAUCCACUCACAUCCAAUCCUAUCAUGACACCCAAGAAGCUUUUGAUCCAAGGGUUUAAAGGAUGUGAUGAGAAUGAGAAUGAUGAAACACUCGAUACAUCAUACAUGAUGAUGCGUCAACACAGCCACAACCAGUUAACAAAGAAGAUAAAGAGUGAUAGAUCGACACCAUCAUCACCCUUGUCCAACAUUAGCAACAUCAAUCAGAACUCUCCGUCAUCCAUCUCCAUUUGUUCCGACAAUGCUGAUGGUCCAAUAGCAUUCGCAAUGCCAUCCGAGCCAACAAACAGACGCAAACGAAGUGAGAUGUUACUUAAAUCUCUGUCCAGCAUUCAAUCACCCAAGACCAAUCCUGCGUGCCCCUCUCCAGCCAAGCCCUCCUUGGCCGGCACCACCAACAACACCAUCACCACUCCAGUGAAGCGACCAAUCUCAUCAACCUCUUCCAUGUCAGUCGCCACACCAUCCAAGUUAAAGACUCCUCUCAAGACCUUGUCUUCAUUCGCAUCGCCAAUUCCAAAGAAGAGGACAUCGAUAUGCCCACCCAACUCACCUCCAACAUUCAAGUCGAUUGAGAUUAUAAGCUCACCCGAGAUGUCAUAUGCCACAUCAACAUCAUUGACAUCGUCACCAUCAGCAGCGAUGGACGCACUCUCAUUGUCCUCACCAUUCUCAUCACCAUUGGCCUCGCACACGGACACCCUCUCGCCACUGUCCCCACCCUCGCCAAUGUCCUCUCCACCAACUGGCCGUAGUACCCAGCAACGCGCGGUAUUCAGCGGUCUGAGUAAGAAAUCUGGACAGUUCCCAAACAAGCGUAUUCAAGACAUCAAGCACGUCGAGACUGACUUGAUGAAGAGUAUCAAGACAGAGGUGCAUCCAUCAUCGUUGGAAAAGUGUGACACACAGCAGCUGGACAAGGUAAAGGACAAGGCAAACAAGACAACAUCAACAUCCAGGUCAACAUCAGGUCUCAAGACAUCGACCACCCCUGUACAUAAUACCGCGGCCAAGCCCACAUCUGUUGCCACCAGCAAGCCAAUUCCAAUGUCGUUAACGACGAAGCCAACACCAACGAAUGCGACAGUCACAUCCAAGAAGAGGGAGGCCUCCGAGACUGGCAUCAAGACAGCAGCACAGGCAACAACACCAACACCAACGCCAACAAAGAAGAUCAGACAGGAUACCAACCCAACCCACACGACACCUCUCGUCAACACAAAGCGUUUGCCCGCGACGACACCAACAUCAACAUCCCGUCCUUCGCUCUCCAACAGGACAGCGACAACAACAACGCCAACACCAUUGUCUACAUCUAAGCCAAGAAGGGAAGUCACACUGUCAUCCUCGAAGAAGUCUGCACCAAGGUUGUCAACGAUGCCAAAGGAUGACGACGACUUUGAGGCCAGGAUAGAGUCGGCUCUUCUCGCAGCUGCACAAGGCAAUGUGCUCCAAGGUAGUCUUCUCAUGACCUCACCAGAGAAGGAGCAACAAGAGCAAUCCAGAAGUCAAUGGUCUCCCAUCAACAAACGACGUUGA